AUGUCUGCUGCAGCUCCAGAACAAAGAAGAGGCGGUUUCGCCGGUAGAAACAGAGGUCGUUUCCAAAGAAGAGGUAGAAACGUCGAAGAAAAGGGAUGGGUCCCUGUCACCAAGUUGGGUAGAUUGGUGAAAGCUGGUAAGCUAACUACCAUCGAAGAAAUUUUCUUGCACUCUUUGCCAGUCAAGGAAUUCCAAAUCAUUGACACUUUGUUGCCAGGUUUGUCCGAUGAAGUUAUGAACAUCAAGCCAGUUCAAAAGCAAACCAGAGCCGGUCAAAGAACCAGAUUUAAGGCUGUCGUUGUCGUUGGUGACUCCAACGGUCACGUCGGUUUGGGUAUCAAGACCGCCAAGGAAGUUGCUGGUGCCAUCAGAGCUGGUAUCAUGAUCGCCAAGUUGUCUGUUAUUCCAAUCAGAAGAGGUUACUGGGGUAACAACUUGGGUGAACCUCACUCUUUGGCUACCAAGACCUCCGGUAAGUGUGGUUCCGUUACCGUUAGAUUGAUUCCAGCUCCAAGAGGUUCUGGUAUCGUCGCUUCUCCAGGUGUUAAGAAGUUGUUGGAAUUGGCCGGUUUGGAAGAUGUUUACACUCAAUCCACCGGUUCCACCAGAACUUUGGAAAACACUUUGAAGGCUGCUUUCGCUGCUAUCGGUAACACUUACGGUUUCUUGACUCCAAACUUGUGGGCCGAACACGCUUUGCCAGUUUCUCCAUUGGACAUCUACGCCGACGAAGCUGCUGUGCAAAAGAAGAGAUUCUAA